AUGAUGAAACGUAUUACACAAAUGCUUGCAUCUCUUCUUUUUAUUAUUACUGUUCUAACUAUUUAUCUAGCAUUUGAUUUUGCUAUAAAUACUGCUAUAUCAAAUAAAUAUACAACUGAUAAACAUAGUCAUCAUGAACAACAACAUGAUGAUUUAGAAUUUCGAAAAAUUUUAUCUCAAUCAUUAUUAACGAAACGAAAAACGACUAAUAAUACCCGAAUAUUUCAUAACAAUAAUAAUGAACAUCAUCAUGAUAUGAUUAAUCCAGAACGUCGUAUACGUAAUACAAAAUCAAAACAACAACAACAUGCUAAACCUGCUCAAUUCCAUAAAAGUAAAACAGGUAUUAAAAUCAAUCAUAUCAAACGAAUUGCUAAAGAACGACGAAGAUAUUCAUUUACAACGAACACUACUCAACGUAAAAAUAUAAAAGCUUAUACUUCCACAUAUCAUCAUUAA